AUGGCCUCAUCGACGAGUCAAACAUUAGCGGAUCGCUACUUGAUGACCAAGCGUCUCGGUGACGGUACCUUUGGCGAAGUAUUACUGGCGAAAAAGCUCGAUACUGGCGAUAAAGUAGCUGUCAAAAGGUCAGUUAAGGACUCUGGCUCAUUUUUAUUCCGUAGGAUACUCUGUGUGCUACUGUAUUUUUACUUGUCAGUUCAAAAAGCCAAUUUGCUUGAUCGGAAUUUUCAAUAUACUUUGUAUUUGCUACUACGACUUUCGGAAAUUAUUACAUAA